AUGAUAUCAGGUGACCUGAGGAUCCAAUCCGCGCUCGCCCCUGUGGCCAUUUUUCUCAGCGGCGACCCAUCAACGCGAGCUUGUGGGGCCGCGGGCGAGGCGGCCAUGUCCAAAAUCUCCGCAGCUGCUUUGUUGCAGCUGGCGGAUCAGUUCGACCGCCAAAAGAAGUUCCGGCGUCGCCGGAUCGACAAAGCACUGGGGAGGAUUCCGAAGGGUCAAGACUCUCCCUUUGGCGAUUUCCCGGAGGACUAUGACAGGCCCACGCCUUUGGCCCCGCUCUCAGCGCGGGGGCGCCUUACGCAGACGGCGCCCGUGCCAGACCUCUCUUCCUCAAUGGCGGCGGCGGAAGCACGGGGCAGGUCUGCGCGCACCAUGGCCGUGGCACCUAAGUCAGCACGAGGCCAUGGGCCCUAUGGCCCCCAUGGGCCCAACAAGAUGGCCGUCACACUUGCAGCCCUCAGAGAUGAGGUGCAGAAGCAGGCGGACACCUUGAGCCCCCGCAGCACCAGUCCGCGCUCUCCAGUGGCCAGAGCUGUGCCCAGCCCCAAGCCACAGGUGGUACCUUCACCGCCCAAGGCUGGAGCCUUCAGGCGCCGGGCCAUCAAGCCCUCCGAGUUCCGCCGCUUCUACGACCGGGGCGACCUGCCGAUCCAGGUGCAACACACUGGCACGCAGAACAAGAUUGCGUGGAAGGUGGACAUCGAGAAGCUGGAUUAUCACCACUACCUGCCGAUCUUUUUUGAUGGGCUGCGAGAGAAGGAGGAUCCGUACCGCUUUUUGGCUGUUGAGGGCGUCUUCAACCUCCUAGAGCGUGGCAGUAGCAAGGCCGAGGGUGUGGCUGCCAGAUGCUGUUUUGCACCGGCCGUCGACGGAACCUUUUGUGAAAAGAGCACUAGUCACUAG